UCAUGAGUCGUCAAGCUGUAUCCACAAGCCCUCCUACGCAACCGAGACAGAAAGCGCUUCCAGGUCCGGCACCAGGGUCCAGUCCUUCCAAAUCACAAUCAUCUGGAUCAAAUUCAGACGUCGAUUCGGCAAUCGGUGAACCACGUCGACGAGGCACACGGCAAUCGAAACCGAGAUCAAGAAACGGAUGCUGGACAUGUCGACAGAGAAAAGUCAAGUGCGACGAGGUUCGGCCGAUCUGCGCCUCAUGCAGUCGAUUAGGGAAAGACUGCGAAUGGGGCCAGAGAUGGAAAUUCGACGAUCUGAGUGUUCGCACACGGCGGAGGCACAAGCACGUGUCAACCACUGGAAGCCCAUCAUGGGAUGAAAAGAAUCCAUCACGCAUGAUGGCUCGUCAACUGUACACCAGGCAUCAACCUACACUACCAGCAUUCACCGCACUCAGCAACGAAGAUGAAAGAGAAAGAAAAGCACUAACACAACCUCCCGGAACCUUCAAUGUCAUCCUCACACCGGAUAGUUUUGAUCGGCUACCAGAAUAUGGCGGACUUAUCAGACGAUAUCGAAGUGGAAGCGGGUCUUCCAGAUAUGGCUUCUCAGAAGACCCCAAUCUUGUCGUUCUUUCCGAGUUCGAAGAUACACCUUACUUCAUGGCUCUUCCCGAACGCAAACCUUCCUUUGCGACUUACCCAACCCCAAACUCUUGUGCAUCUUCAGCCCCUCGAGACCUUACGAAUCAUGGUACCGCAGACAUCGACGAAGUCAUGGCACAUUACAAAGAGUUCAUAUCCAAAAGGAUGAUGCCCCUUGGAUCAAGGUUCAAGCUGAAUGAACACGGUCAUGAAGAUGUCAUUGUUCAAGAAUCACGAUCCUUCCCACCUCGACAUCUCCUCGCAGGAGCCUUUCAACACUAUCAACAAGCCAUUGCAGCAUGUAUGUCAAGUACAAAUAUGUCACAAGGCGCUUUUGUAUAUCUUCACUUCAUUCUUCUCUUAUACGACAUCUGUUGCGCGACUGAGAACUGUUCUCCGGACGGCAUUAUGUGGUCACAACACUUUCAACACCUCGCACGACUAGCAUACUCCAGGGACUAUUCUGAGGUGAACGAGCUACAAGCCUAUGUCCUUUGGUAUACCCUUUUCCUGGAUGCCCAGUCUUGCCUUACUGGAAACUCAGAGUCUGGAUUCUUCGUCCGAGCAUAUCUGUUGCAUGGUUCAAAUCUGCCGGUUUGGCGCAGACCAGAGAGCGUGAUACAGCAGCCAACCCUUGAGACAGCAGGUUUGACCGCCGUUUGCGAGCUCAGCAAAUACAUGUGUGGCCGCUUUGCUGAAUUGAGUCAGCUGGCAUUGCAAAUGCGAGAAGACGUUGAAGUUGGCCGUGGUAGCAUCGCAGAACAUCAAGAGGCUGUGAUGACAUUCAGGAAUGAGUUGUCCUCCACCUACAACAUAAAAUACCCGGCUUUUCUACCUCGGGAUUCACCAGAAGCAGGAACAAGACUGCCAGCUCUUGCUCGGACAGUAUUUGAUUUUAAAAUU